AUGUCUUUAUCCAAAGUGACCCUCACUCUACGCGAGAAACUCGACUUUCUCCCCGCAGUAGCUUCCAUCCUGCUGGCCGCCUUCUAUGCCCUGCUUACAGGUCUAUGGCGUACUGAGCGCCAAGCGAAGACCCUGUUCCUGCAUCUAGGCUAUGCACUGUUUCGAAAGGCGACCACGCGGCUGAACACGUCCCAGCUACAAUACAUCCUUCCACCCUCGCAUAAAGUCUAUGAAAUCCAUUCCAAGAAAACAGGCGGAUUACUCGACUCGGUAGAUCUAGGCAACGGAGCCUUGGGACACUGGAUCGGUGAUCCCAAUGCAGACCAUGUAAUCGUCUGGUUUCACGGCGGCGGCUUCAGCCUCCCAGCAAACAUGGGCUACUUCAAGUUCUACACCCAACUGAUCCGCGACCUGCGAGCCUCUGGUAAAUCAGUGGCCAUCUUCAGCCUAACCUAUACCCUGGCCCCGAUCGCAACCUACCCCACCCAACUCCGCCAAGCUGUAAGCUGCCUGGCGCACAUCCUCGCAACACCCCGAUCCCCCUCCACCGUCUUCCUGGGCGGCGACAGCGCAGGCGGAAACCUCGUCUGCGGCGUGCUCUCGCACUUGGCCCACCCCCACCCGGAAAUCGACCCCCUGGCAGUGAAAGGCAAUCUCGGCGGCGCAGUCCUCAUCGCCCCCUGGACUCUCCUCGACACCGAGUUCCCCGGGGUACACUACCAUGGCGGCGACAUUAUCACCACGGCCGUGGCGGCACCGUGGGCGAGCGCGUACGUUGGCUCGAGGAAACGGGACUACUACACCGAUUUGUCGCAUGCACCGGCGGAAUGGUUUAGUUCGUUCCCUGUUGAUUCGGUUUUGAUCACGGCGGGCGGGAAUGAGAUCAUGUUGCCUAUCAUUGAGGAUUUUGCCGGGCGGUUCAAGCAAGGGUUCGAGAGGGUGGAGCUGGUAAUUGGGUUUAGGGAGUGUCAUGUUGCGCCGGUUUACAAUUUGGAGCUGGGGGAUUCGGUGAAAACUGAGCAGGGGAUGGCUAUUGAGAAAUUCUUUGCCGGGUUGAUGAAUUGA